ACCUUCCCCAAAGCCUGGCCCAUGAACCACAUUUUCAUGGCGGCACUUCACUGUCAUUAUCAACCAGCCAUUGUUAACCCUUAACCCUUACCAGACCUUUCCCUCCAUUUACUCUCCUUCUCUCAAACCCACCCGAAUUCCGAAUAUCAACAAUUUCAAUUCAAAUAACACCCAUUAUUCUUCCUCUAAUUUGUAAAUUUUUUCUAGUAUUUAAAAAACACACACAAAGCCCUAAUUAAUUCAAAUGCUCCUCUUUUGUGCCCUCUUUCAUUUCAUCAAUUGAAUUGAUUAUUUUCCUCGUUCUCCAUUCCAAUGACUAGAGGCCCUGCCUCCUCUCUCUUGAACUUGUGCACACGUAAGAGAACCCUCUCUAAACUCCAUUCUCUUCUCUUCAACCACUCCCAAUUUCGCACUUUUCAAAACCCGCUUCGCCCUAUUUCGACCCGUUUCCCCAACCCGGUUUUUCUCCCCAAUUUCUUCCAACGUUCGAGUCUAUCCGGCGACAGAAUCCGACCCACGAGGCCCUUUUCCACCGCUGGGGACGAGGGAGGCAGCGUGGAGGCAAAGGAAUGCGAGUUCGACGCAGAUUCUGGUAAGAGUGUUGAUUUUGAGCUUCGAAAUGAGGUUAGUGAUGGUGUUCAUGCUUUUUCUGAACGCAUGGUUGUUGCAAAUGAUUGUAGUAAUGAAUGCAAUUUGGAGAGUGAUGAUUGUGUAGAAUGUGGUAGUAGUGGCGAGGAUGAGGUAAGGAACAAGAGUGAGCAAUAUGUGCACGUGGCAUCACGUGAUCCUGUCGAGUUGUACCGUGAGCUUCGGAGUGUGGAAAAGGGUCCAAAGCUUGUCAGAUUAGAGGUGGAGAUACUGCAGGAAGUGUGCAAUUGGUUUGCCAAAUCAGGUUGGGCAUCCAACCAGGCCCUUGCUAUUUACAUCAGUUUGUCGUUUUUUCCCACUGCGGCGCACAAGUUCCAGAACUUUCUCCGGCGUAAAUGUACUGAUGAUGUUGCUAAGUACUUGGUGUCACUCAGGCCGAGUGAUGCGUCUAAUAAGUUUUUGUUUCCUAUAUUUGUUGAGUAUUGUUUGGAGAAUUUUCCUGAUGAGAUCAAGAGGUUCAGGGGUAUGGUGGAGUCGGCUGACCUCACGAAACCUCACACUUGGUUUCCAUUUGCAAGGGCAAUGAAACGGAAGAUAGUUUAUCAUUGUGGACCGACCAAUAGUGGUAAAACUUAUAAUGCUUUACAGCGGUUUAUGGAGGCAAAAAAGGGGGUUUAUUGUAGUCCACUCAGGUUGUUGGCUAUGGAAGUUUUUGACAAGGUUAAUGCAAAAGGCGUUUAUUGCAGUCUGCUAACUGGGCAAGAAAAGAAGCGUGUGCCAUUUUCAAAUCAUGUAGCAUGUACUGUGGAAAUGGUCUCAACGCAGGAGUUGUAUGAUGUGGCCAUUAUUGAUGAGAUUCAGAUGAUGGCAGAUCGGCAUAGAGGGUAUGCAUGGACAAGGGCGCUCCUUGGGUUGAAGGCUGAUGAGAUACAUUUGUGCGGUGAUCCUAGUGUUUUGGAUAUUGUCAAGAAGAUCUGUCAAGACACAGGAGAUGAAUUGUAUGAGCAGCAUUAUGACAGGUUCAAACCAUUGGUGGUUGAAGCAAAGACCCUGCUUGGAAAUCUUCAAAAUAUCCGAUCUGGGGAUUGUGUAGUUGCAUUCUCAAGGAGAGAGAUAUUUGAGGUUAAGUUGCUCAUUGAGAAGCUGACUAAGCACCGUUGUUGUGUGAUAUACGGUGCUCUGCCACCAGAAACUCGCAGACAGCAAGCUAGUUUAUUCAAUGAUCAAAGUAAUGAAUACGAUGUUCUGGUAGCUAGUGAUGCAGUGGGAAUGGGCCUCAACCUUAACAUUAGAAGGGUGAUUUUUAAUAGCCUUUCAAAGUAUAAUGGUGACAAAAUGGUUCCUGUGCCAGCAUCACAGGUUAAGCAAAUUGCAGGAAGAGCUGGUCGGAGAGGAUGCCUUUAUCCUGAUGGACUUACCACAACCUUGCAUUUAGAUGAUUUGAAUUACUUGAUAGAGUGUUUAAAACAGCCUUUUGAUGAUAUUCAAAGGGUAGGCCUUUUUCCGUUUUACGAGCAGGUUGAAUUGUUUGCUGGGCAACUUCCUAAUAUGACAUUCAACCAGAUUUUAGAAAAAUUUGGUGAAAAUUGCCGUUUGGAUGGAUCAUACUUCUUGUGUCAACAUGAUCACAUAAAGAAAAUUGCUAAUAUGUUAGAGAACGUUCAGGGAUUAUCUCUAGAAGACCGUUUUAACUUUUGUUUUGCUCCUGUUAAUGUCAGAGACCCAAAAGCUAUGUACCAUUUACUUAGAUUUGCUACAUCAUUUGGUCAGAAGCUCCCUGUAAAUGUAGCUAUGGGCAUGCCGAAAUGUUCUGCCCGGAAUGAUGCAGAACUCCUAGACCUUGAGACUAGGCAUCAGGUGUUAUCUAUGUAUUUGUGGUUGUCAAAUCACUUUGAUGAGGAAACAUUUCCAUAUUUUAAAAAAGCUGAGGCAAUGGCUUCAGACAUUGCUGACUUACUGGGUCAAUCCCUCGUGAAAGCUAAUUGGAAACCAGUGUCAAGGAAUAAAGGGAAACCAAAAACUGAAAAAAGUGAAGGGCAAUCAGAAUCAAGGGGUGAAGUUGUAUUGCAAACUGAAAAAAAGGAAAAAGGCCACAGGAGGCCGCAGUCUCUUAUAAAAUUAUAUGAGAAGAAACGGUGUGAAGAUUCCUUACAGCUUGAUCGGUCAAAGGAAAUAGCUGCAUAAUAUGAUUGAUGAGUUUGGAGGUAAUAAUCAACAAACCCUAGGUACAAAGUUGUGUGAAUUAGACCACAUUGGCAAUGCAUGGACAAAAAAUAGGAAAGACCGCGUUAGGAAUGAAGAAUAGUAACAUCCAUAGAAAGAAAAACCUACUACUAGGACCAGGCAUUGUGCAACCUGUUUGUUUUAGUAGAUAACCCAAAUUGGGGUACUGUUGUGGUGUUGCAACUAUUCUGUUUUGUACUCAAUUCAAAUGUAGCCUUGAAAUUUUGUUGAAUUAUAUGCCGACACCUUGAAUACAAGGUUUAAUGUUUUAGGCUCCAUCAUUCUUUUCUAUAUAGUUGAAUAUCCUUUUUUCUGC